AUGGAAUAUAUUUUUGCUAGAGAAGCAAAAUUCUGCAUCCCUCUUGCACGUCCUAUUCCGGUUGUCCUGGAAAAAGGAAAAGGUGUAUACGUAUGGGACGUCGAAGGCAAACGCUAUUUUGAUUUUAUUAGUGGUUUUGGUGCUUUAAACCAAGGGCACUGCCACCCUAAAAUUGUGGAGGCCCUGAUAAGGCAAGCCUCAACAUUGUCCAUGACGACCAGAGCUUUGUAUAAUACAGAAGUGGGUGAUUUUGCCCAAUAUGUGACAUCUAUGUUCUGUUAUGAUAAAGUUCUUCCUAUGAACUCAGGUGUUGAGGCUGGAGACACCGCAUGUAAAUUAGCAAGAAAAUGGGCAUACUCUGUCAAGGGAGUUCUUAAACAUCAAGCAAAAAUUAUUUUCCCGGUUGGGAACUUCUGGGGCCGAUCAUUAGCUGCCAUUUCGAGUUCAUCAGAUUCAAAGUGUUACGAGGAUUUUGGGCCUUUUAUGCCGGGUUUUGACAUCAUCCCCUACAAUGACUUGAGUGCUCUUGAGAGUGCCCUUCAGGAUCCCAACGUGGCUGCUUUCAUGGUGGAGCCGAUACAAGGGGAAGCUGGGGUCAUCGUCCCCGAUCCUGGAUACCUGUCGGGAGUCAGAGAUCUGUGCACAAAGUAUAAUGUUUUGUUGAUUGCUGAUGAAAUACAAAGUGGCCUGGGCAGAACUGGAAAGUGGCUAGCUGUUAAUCAUGAAAAUGUGAAGCCUGACAUUCUCUUACUAGGGAAAUCUCUUUCCGGAGGUGUAUGCCCUGUAUCAGCUGUAUUAUGUAAUAGCGAAAUCAUGUCAACCCUGAAGCCAGGGGAGCAUGGAUCAACUUUUGGUGGUUUUCCUGUGGCCUGCAGAGUGGCCAUAGCAUCCCUAAAGGUUUUGGAGGAGGAGAGAUUGCCAGAAAAUGCCCACAAGAUGGGCAAUAUUUUUAGAAGAGAACUUGAGAACCUGCCCUCUAGCAUUGUGUCAGAAAUCAGAGGGAAAGGUUUGCUCAAUGCUAUGAUUAUCAAGGAGACCAAAGAUUUCACCGCUUGGACUGUGUGUCUUCGCCUCUGUGCCAAUGGGCUUCUGGCCAAACCUACCCAUGGCAAUAUCAUCCGGCUGUUGCCACCCCUUGUGAUCAAGGAACAUGAAAUCCGAGAGGCUGCAGAAAUUAUCAAGAAGACUAUUUCUUCUUUCUAA